GUACGUCUUUUCUUUCCUUAUUUAUUUAUAUACUUUCUCUACUUUUUUUUCUUAAUCUAUCUUCAAAAAGGUGAAAAAUAUUGUACUGUAUUGUCUUUCUCUAAAGUCAAAACCACAUAUCAAACACUCAAAAGGUUUUUAUGGGUGUGGAGGGGAAUUUAGCAGAGGUAGAUAACAAAGAGGAUAGUGCUUGCCAUAGAUGGACCUUGUGCAAACAUACUUUUUAUGAUUUAGGAAGUGUCUCUCCUGUGGUGUUUAUGUUCAUGCUGAAAGAAUGUUAUUAUUAUGGCAAUUGUAAGGCGACAGUGAAGUUCCGAGCACUUCAAGAACAAUUAUGUCUUGUGCUCCGUAAUGAUCCGAAACCUGGACCAGCGACUUUUAUUGUUCAGUGUCUGUAUGUGUCUCCCAUGUUUGACAAUCAAAGUCAAGGGUUUACUCAUUUGGUUAUAUCUGCUUUUCGCCGUUUCAUGAAAAAAUCAACAUCAAUCACUACAGAUGAAGACCCGUUGGAUGUCAAAAACUCGGCUGCUUAUCUACUCGUUAAUAUUAUUAGGGGCCAGAUUAAGCAUGAUGAAAUGAUAGUAAUGAAAAUACUGGAGACUUUUGAUGUGAAAUUAACGAAUGUUGAGAAUGCCCUGUGCCAAAAUAAAGAAAGAGAUGAUUUAAGUUGUGGUGUGGCAAAAGAGUUGAUUGAGCAGUAUACUUUUGAAUUGGUGAAAUCACAGUUGUACACCAUAGCUGUCACAUUGAUGGAGCAUUUCUCUAUUUCCAAUUAUGGCCAAUCUUUUUUCCUUGAGAUGAUAAGGAGUAAUCAAUUUAAAGCAGCAGAGAAGUGGGCAACGUUUAUGGGGAAGCCUAUGCUGUCCAUACUUGUUGAGGAGUUCGUUAAGAGAAACAUGCUAAAAGAUGCGUACGCGCUUAUAAAGAAAAAUAAUCUAAAGCAGGAUUUUCCAGAGGUAUACAAGAGGUGUAAAGAGAGCUCACUAAAGAGCUUAGCAGAAAAGGGAUGUUGGGACGUUGCUGAGGCUAGAGUAAACAAUGAUAGACAGCUUAUGGAAUAUUUGGUUUAUUUGGCAAUGGAAGCUGGUUACAUGGAAAAAGUUGAUGAGCUGUGUGAACGGUACUCCCUAGACAGAUUUUUGGAUAUUAAAGAGCUUGAAACCAGUAUCCCACAAGGACGCUAUUUACAGCGUGAGGAGUUGAUGAUUGAAGACAUUAUUUGGGUCGAUGAAGUUGAAAGUUUGCUUGAUGCAACAUGUCAGAUUGAGGAUGCUAAAGUCAUAGGUCUUGAUUGUGAGUGGAAGCCUAAUUAUGUAAAAGGCAGCAAGCCAAACAAGGUUUCUAUCAUGCAAAUUGCUUCUGAAAAGAAGGCCUUCAUACUUGAUUUGAUAAAGUUACACAAAGAGGUGCCUGAAUGUUUAGACAACUGUCUAACCCGCAUUUUGCUGUCACCUGGAAUUCUAAAACUUGGGUAUAAUUUCCAAUGUGAUAUAAAACAACUUGCUCACUCAUAUGAAGAGCUGAAAUGUUUCAAGAACUAUAAAAGGUUGCUAGACAUCCAGAAAAUUUUUAAAGAUCCCCAUGGCGGUUUGGCUGGGCUUGCACAGAAAGUACUGGGCGCUGGUUUAAACAAGACAAGACGAAACAGCGAUUGGGAGCAGCGACCUUUAACUCCAAAUCAACUGGAAUAUGCUGCCCUGGAUGCUGUUGUACUUGUUCACAUUUUCCGCCAACUUCCUGAUCAAGGAGAUGAGUGGAAGUCUUGCAUCGAGUCCCACACGGAAAACACCAAGACCAAGAAGUACAAGAAACGUACCAAAAAUUGAAGGAGAGCUUCUUUUUCCACCCUGAUUUUCUAAGAGUGGAAAACGAAGCUUCCAUAUGAAAGAGGCCGUGAUUGAGGCCAAGAAGUGUUGAUCGUCUAACAUGUAAUUAAUUGAAUUUGUUAAAGUAUUAUAGAAUCUUUCAAAUACAUAAAAAAAUUGCUAUGAAAUGUAAAUAUUUCCUGUCCAGAUUUCAUUGAAUAUCAUCUUUGAUUUUCUUUUUUUCUCCAAA